GGAGCACAAUUCAUCUGCGGGAAGCGGAGGGAACGGCAGUCUAACAGCAACGUACCAAAGGUAAAAAACUAUCUCUUCCUUUGUAUUGCAGCUUCCUGGCUCUAACGGCCCUGUUGGUUUAUCCUCACGGUAAAGAUGGAGCUCAUUAUCUCUCUUUUCUUUCCCCCCAACCUGCUGGGGACGAUAAAAAUGUGUGCUGCGGCGUCUGAUUAUAUGCCAGGGGUGUUAAGUGUGAGCAAUGUGUCUUGAUUGUGCCGAUUGAGUUCGAGGGGAAGCGAAAUUCCUCGCCACACGUAAGGAAGAAGUAUGCGCCCCCGGCUCGUUUGAACGCCCAGGUGUCGUUAGAGGUUGGGUUUUUUUUCCUGUGUCACUGAAUGACAUUUGUCCCGACACAGCUGUUUUCAGGAAGAUGGACUCAAAGGACGACAAGCGAGACGUGUCCUGCAGCAGCCCUGUUUGUGUGCACAACCCACACCUGGAUGCACUGAAAGAUGACAUCCUCUACCACUUCAGUCUCGGAACAGCAACUCAUGACCUACCAGCAAUGUUUGGUGAUGUCAAAUAUGUGUGUGUUGGGGGCAGUCCCUGGAGAAUGAAGUCAUUCACUGAGUUCAUUGCAGCUGAACUUGGUAUGGAGAACCCCAAAUCAGAGUACCCAAAUAUCUGUGCUGGAACGGACCGCUAUGCCAUGUACAGAGUUGGCCCUGUACUCUCUGUCAGUCAUGGCAUGGGCAUUCCGUCUAUCGCCAUAAUGUUGCAUGAGCUAAUAAAGCUCCUCCAUCAUGCACAAUGCAAAGAUGUUACAAUUAUACGCAUUGGGACAUCGGGCGGAAUAGGCCUGGAGCCUGGCACUGUUGUUGUUACCAAACAGUCUGUGGAUGCCACCUUCCUGCCCAAGUUUGAGCAGGUGAUCCUGGGUAAGCCGGUGGUGCGCAAUACUGAUCUGGACCAAAGCCUCGCUGAGGAGCUGUUGCAGUGCAGCAAAGAACUGAAUCAGUUUGAGACAGUGAUAGGCAACACCAUGUGUACACUGGAUUUCUAUGAAGGGCAAGCGCGUUUGGAUGGUGCGUUCUGCUCCUACAGUGAGAAGGAUAAACAGGACUACCUCAAUAAAGCCAGCGAAGCAGGAGUGUGCAAUAUUGAAAUGGAGUCAUCAGUUUUUGCUUCUAUGUGCAAGCUGAGUGGUCUACGAGCGGCUGUGGUUUGUGUGACGUUACUGGAUCGGCUGAAGGGGGAUCAACUGAAGAGCUCUCAUGAAGUUCUUCACAGUUUCCAACAACGUCCUCAGAAACUGGUUGGGUACUUCAUUAAGAAGCAGCUGAAGGCCAAAGCAAUCCUUAACUGAGUGUAACAGUCGUUACACUGGUGUGCAAGCAUACGUCAAAUUCUGGGUAUCUUCUCUUGUAACUGAAAACAUGGUGCAAUGCAGUACCUCAGCUUUAAGCCUUUUUGGUAUACAUGCCUGCCUGCUGACCGCUAGCCAUACCUUUAACGGGUCCAGAAUAAUCACUGAAUUUUAAAAUUAUGCACUGCCUUCUAUUUAUCCUUUGAGCGAUUUUAGCAUCAUAAUAAACUGCUACGGACUGAGUUUCACUUUUGUUUUCUCCUGUAUUUACCUUUAACCAUUGAACUGAGUUUUAAAUUAAAUAUAGAAGCCCGUGGUUAUGAAAUAUGUCUUACUUAAGGCUGCCUCUGCAUUAUACAACGUAUAGUUAUACGUAAUUCUGUAUCCUUAAAACUUGAGCCACAAUCACCUUAACUGUCAUUAUUGAAAUGUUCCUUGUGUCAUUAUGCAAACAAAAUGACUGAUAUUGCCAAAUUUGUGACCUGUAAAGGUAUCAGCUGUGGAAAAACUCUACAAAUAUGUAUAUGGAGUAUUUUUUUUAUGCAGAAUGUAUGUUACAUUGUUUUUUAGGAUUAGACUUUGUUAUGUUUGUAGAGAUUUCCUUCAGAACCUAAAAACUGUAACAAAUUGUCACUCAUUUUGAGAGAAAGAAAUUCCACUGGAUGUCAUAUCUUAAAUAAAGCUUAAUGC